UUUUAUUGAGAAGUUCGUAGCGUGGAGGGACGGUCGGUCACUCUGCAGGAGCCUUGCGGCAUGGAAGACGCAAUCCGACAUCGUAGCAUUCAAGAGGGCAUCCUCAUCGGUACCUUCCUGCCAACGGUCCUUAACUGCGUGCCUUGGGUCCAGUCCGUGCCCGAGCUCACCGAGAACACCGAGAGGAUGAUCACCCCCCUGCCCUGAAAUGGCACGAAUUUCUGCGCGCCCUGAAAUGGCCCCCAAAGCGACCAAGCUUCCAAAAGGCACCCGAGAACGCUGCGGGAAUACGAAAUAUCAAGGGUCCAUUUGGAGGUAACGCCACUCACAGGCAGCAGGUUCACAUCUCAAUGACGGUACCACACUGCGGAUGAUUCUUAAAAGGAUCGUUCUUGUGCGCGCCAGGCGAGGGAAUGCGCUUUCACGGAGGCCUCCUCGUUCAUCGAGUUAUGGAUCAACUCUAGAUCGAUCUGUGCAUCGUAUGGCACCGCAGACCUGGCCAUUGAAAGUCGCCUGCCAUAGUUGCAGCUGUGAACUAAACCUCUUCCCUCGAAAUCCCGAUGCCACCUAGCCCAUCGACUAUCCCAGCAGACGUUGUACGAUGCGUCGUGCAGUUCUUACUAUGUCGAAAGGACCUUUACAGCUGUACAUUAGUUAACCACAUCUUCUGCGACGUGUCAAUCCCGGUUCUGUACAGAACACUGGACAUCCGUAUCCCAAUCGUGAAACGCAGCGAGAGCAGAAUACAAGUGCUUCACCCAUUCGACACUAUUCUACAGAAACCAUCGUACGGUAAGUAUGUGAGAAAGAUUCUGCAAUGCGCUAGGCACUUCUCGACCGAAAGGUUGGAGGCGCUGCGACUUUGCCACAACCUCCGCUCUUUCUCUUGGACGGACAACUGUUCCCUAGGCGAUACAGACACUGUGUUCUGCGUCUACCUCGACAUCUUGCAGGAUAUCGGCAUCAACGAGCUGCACGUCAAGGUUUCUUCUGGUAUCAGCAGCUGCAUGUGGACCAGAUUGAUGCGCUUCCAUGGCAUCUCAAGUCUUGGUGUCACCUCAUCUCAACUACCAGCAAGCGACCUCGAUGCAUGGAGCGCGCGUGUGGGUUCAGCCCUCACGAUGCUGGACUUCAGCAUAUCUUCUGAAGCCGCACGUUACCCACAGUGCAAGUCCUCCACCUCUCUAUUUCUACGCCACAUGAUUCACCUCCGAAGUCUCCGUUUAGAUGCACCCACGAGCAGCAUACCGGACAUCCUGUGUUACCUGCCACACCUUACCACUCUCGACGUCCGAUACCGCACCUUGGGACAAACGACAAUGCCUUUGACGCAGCCUCUCGCGCGCCUGCAGCACCUCACAAUCCAUGUUAUUCAGGAUGGCGGCGUCGGCCUGGGAGACUGGAUCCUCGCUCUGGCGCCACAUCAUAACUCCCUGCACAGUCUGACGAUCCACAACCGUGCACCGCAGGGCAAUGCCACGGUUCCCCCGAAUUUCAUGCAGCGGCUGGCCCAGCUGCACGGCCACUCCCUCCGCCAACUCUUCUUGUACAACCUCGCUCUCGGAAGCGACGGAGUACGCGUGCUCUUCACCGCGUUCGGCAGGCUCGACGCGCUAUCGUUCAUCCCACUUGUGCCCAACCUGGUACGUCGGCCAGAAUCUUGUAGCAGCCGCCCGCAGGCUGACCAUCGGACGCCCUUCAUAGCGAGCCAUAUCGGACGUCGUGCAUUCCGCAUGCAACCUGAGGACGCUCAUGAUCCAAUAUUCCCGCGACACCCCGUCAAAUGACCUGCGGAGCUUGGCGAACCUCGCGGAGCGCUGGAUGGACCGCGGUAGGGGAUCGGUCUUGACCUGCAUCACCUUUGGGUCUGAGAUUUUCAAGGUUAGGGUCGGUGUGCUGAAAUCGUGUUUUAAAAAAUACUGACCGUAUGAUAGGGCAGGUGGAAGUACUCGGAACAGCAGCGCCGGCCGGUUUUCGGGAUUUACCGAGAUGUCGAGGUGCGAAGUAGGUGGUUGUAAUAUUACACUCUGCUACCAAUACAUCUCCAUUGCUGCUUGCCUCGGCACAAAUCAUAUACACAAUGCUGAGUCUGGCUACAUACUAUGACACGUCACUUGUCUGUCCAGAUUAUACUCCGUCUCACUAUACGCAAUCUCGUAGCAAGCGCUUCCAGGUCGUCCCUCGGAUGGUUCCCUGUACACCCAACCGCCCUAGAUUUGUUCACUGAGUAUGGAUAUGAGUGUUAUUUGGGAGAUUCACGCACUCGGAAUACGUCGUUCCGUAGGGUCAUCGACACCAGCUUUGAGCCUUCCCGACGUAGCCACUGUUCGGCACAGUGGGCGGUGUAGUCUUGUGGUAAUAGGGACUUGCAGCCUACCGACAAGCGGCGCAACUCGUGUGCGCCGCAGAUCGCCUCGCCGACAGCGUCCUGUAGCCGAGCAUGAGUUAGCUUGCAGGUGCCAACCGGGCGGUAGGCGCACCAUAUUCUGCUCCGUUAAUUGGCACGACAAACUCUCGAGCACCACGAAUGACUCGCACACAAACGCGAAGUCGUGCGGGGUCAUGCACAUGGCGUCGAAUACGAGAUCCUUCAGAGUCGCCCCAUGUGUGCGCGCAAUCCGCCUCAAGAACGUCGGGGCAAUUGCCCACUGGCUCGGUGCAGACACUACCUGGGAUUCGGCCGCGCAGCGGUUGCGCACGGUCAGGCUCUCCAGCCCAGGACGCGGCACGAGCUGCGGGAGCCACUUCCACAGUCUGCGCAGGGAGUACUGCCCGGCGACGUAAACUGUCAGGUGUUGAAGACGGCACUCGGGCGGCGCAGACCUGGGUUCGGGCUCCGUGCACGGGAGGAAGUGCGUAUCGAGGACAGUCAGAGCGGGGAGCACGGCGAGGAUUUCGAGCACGUCCCGCGUCGUCGCGUUUCUCAGCGUGAGACUCGUGAGUCCACGCAAGCGGGAGAACACUGCAGAACGGCCGAUC